GGAGUUACGUCGUUUUCUGGUGUCUCUGCGGCGGCUGCUGUUUUGACCGGCUACACUAUGAAGCGGCCGAGCUUGUCCCGAAGGGUGGAGAAGACCAGACCAGUGUUUUCCCUUCUGCGGCUAAGAGUGGAGAACCGCCUUCCAAACGCGCUGUUCCUCCUGCCUGUGAUUGGUGGUGCUUGAUCCGAAGUGGCUGUCUUUCGGGGUCUCACGUUCCUGUGUGUGACCUCAUUCUAAUGUCGGAAGAGUAGAGUUGAAGAAAGCAAGUAAACGCAUGACUUGUCAUAAGCGGUAUAAAAUCCAAAAAAAGGUUCGGGAGCAUCAUCGGAAAUUGAGAAGGGAGGCUAAAAAACGGGGUCACAAAAAGCCUAGGAAAGACCCAGGAAUUCCAAAUAGUGCUCCUUUUAAGGAAGCUCUUCUUAGGGAAGCUGAGCUAAGGAAACAGCAGCUGGAAGAACUAAAACAACAGCAGAAACUUGAUAGGCAGAAGGAACAAGAAAAGAAAAGAAAACUUGAAACUAAUCCUGUUGGUGAGCCAUCUGAUGUGGAACCUGUGGAGGAAUUGGAACAAUGCAAAACUAAGAAAGCCAAGUUGAGCAAACAGCACCCAAAGAAGUUAUAUUGUCAGGAACUUAAAAAGGUGAUUGAAGCCUCAGAUGUUUUGCUAGAAGUGUUGGAUGCCAGAGAUCCUCUUGGUUGUAGGUGUCCUCAGGUAGAAGAUGCUAUUGUCCAGAGUGGACAUAAAAAGCUGGUACUUGUAUUAAAUAAAUCAGAUCUAAUACCAAGGGACAAUUUGGAGAGCUGGCUAAAUUAUUUGAAGAAAGAAUUGCCAACAGUGGUGUUUAAAGCCUCAACAUACCUGAAGGACAAAGGGAAGAUAACCAAGAUGAAGAAGAAAGCUGUUCCACUCAAACGUAAAGUGUGCUUUGGCAAAGAAUGCCUCUUGAAACUUCUUGGAGGUUUUCAGGAGACUUAUGGCAGAGCUAUUCACGUUGGAGUAAUUGGUUUCCCAAAUGUAGGGAAGAGCAGCAUCAUUAACAGCUUAAAAAAAGAGCGGAUAUGUAAUGUUGGUGUUUCCAUGGGUCUUACAAGGAACAUGCAGAUUGUUCCCUUGGACAAACAGAUCACAAUCAUAGAUAGUCCAAGUUUGAUUGUGUCACCACUUAACUCCUUAACUGCACUUGCUCUGCGGAGUCCAGCAAGUAUUGAAACAGUAAAACCAAUGGAGGCUGCCAGUGCCAUCCUGUCCCAGGCUGAUGCUCGACAGGUUGUACUGCAUUAUACUGUCCCAGACUAUAAGAAUUCUCUGGAAUUGUUUACUAAACUUGCUCAGAGGAGAGGUCUGCACCAAAAAGGUGGAAGCCCAAAUGUUGAACGUGCUGCCAGACUACUGUGGUCUGAGUGGACAGGCGCCUCGUUAAGUUACUAUUGUCAUCCCCCAACUUCCUGGACUCCUCCUCCACAUUUUAAUGAAAGUAUUGUGGCGGGCAUGAAAAGGGGCUUAAAUCUUGAGGAACUGGAAAAGAGCAAUGCACAUAGCAUAGAAGCCAUCAAGGGCCCUCGUUUAGCCAAGAGCAUACUUUUCCAGUCUUCGGGUCUGACAAAUGGAAUAAUAGAGGAAAAGGACAUACCUGAAGAAUUACCAAGACAGAGAGAAAGAAAACAGGAGGAGGGGAAGGACAAUGAAGACAUGGUCAGUGAGGAAGAGAUUGUUGACUAUGAAGAAGCUGAUGAAAAGAUCUCAGACAUGCCUCCUAUAGAAGAGAAAAGAGAGCCACCACCACCUGAGGAAUCUACAGCAGGUGAAUCUGCAAGCUCUUUAAACUUGGAUAAAAUGACUCAAGAAGAUGAUGCUUAUGAUUUUAGCACAGAUUAUGUGUAACAGAAACUUGUCCUUUUAUAAGGAUUUCCUUAACAUCUUAAGCAAACUAUCAAAAUGUUCUGUGUAUAAUGUGCCAGUUUUGCCAUGACAAAGUGUAAAUUUUGUGAAUAUGUGUUAUGAUGUAUACAUUAAUACAAAUACAGUUUUAAAAAUAUAUAAAAAAAUCUACAUUGAA